CGAUUUGUAUGCUGUUGUUGAUGUGCUGUGUUCCAGUGUAAGACAACUCUAUAGACAUGGUAAAAGAUCUAGACUUUAUACAAGAUAUCAAUGAAAAAUAUGGCGGGUUACAGUUCGAAUUACACGGAAAACUUGAAGAAAUUGUGAAAAUGGAACACUCGCUGCAAGUAAAUGAAGCAAAAACCAAUGACAAAUCCAAAACUGGUAAAGUUGAAUCUUUCAGCUACUCGACGGAAACAAUGAAGCGAAGGAAUCAUGAACUGUUGAAAUCGUUGGAAAUUUCCAAAGCCAGACUACGGUCUCGUGCUACUUUUAGCCCGUUGGAAGCGAUUUUACAGAAGGCGAUUGGAAAUUAUCUGAAAGAAACUUCGCUAGUUCCAUGCAGCACAAAAAAAGUGUACGGGCCCACCUAUGUUUAAUGAGGCUUUCGUGAUUCCAUUUUCGUACAUCAUUAUGCUGACACAAUUAUAAGGAUGUUUCUUGAAAAUGAAGAAAAGAAUACAAUAGUA